GAAAGCAUCUUUUCAAAACGAAAAAUUUAGGGGAAAAAACUCUGAAAUCAUAUAAAAAUUUCAAUAAUUGCUAAAUACAUAAUAAAAAAGGGUCCAUGGCCCGAGUUAAACAGUCGGCUAACCGGAAAACUCGUCGCCGGGUAUCCUCCGCUGCAGAAGCUACUCCCCCAGAACCAAGUGCUCAGUCGUCACCUGCUAGAAGAAGCCCAAGGACUACUCCGCGAACUGAAAGAGAUGGGGACAGGCAGAGAAAAAAGCGGAGAAAUAGGCCUGGGACGGUGGCUCUUCGCGAGAUUCGGAAAUAUCAGAAGUCUAUUAACCUUCUCAUUCCUGCUGCUCCGUUUAUUAGACUAGUAAAAGAGAUUAGUCACUUCUACUCACCGCAGGUUGGACGUUGGACAGCAGAAGCCUUGGUAGCCCUUCAGGAGGCUGCAGAGGAUUAUAUAGUGCAAUUGUUUGAAGAGGCAAUGCUAUGUGCAAUUCAUGCUAAGCGAGUGACACUGAUGAAGAAGGAUUUUGAGCUGGCGCGACGAAUUGGAGGGAAAGGACAACCUUGGUGAGAGAUCGAGAUCGUGCAUUAAAUUGGCUAUUUAGUGAAUAGUCAGUGCCUAUUCAAUUUAGAACUACCUUAAACCAGUGUAUGGAAUUCUCAAACAGUAACAUUGUAGUUAAAGGAUGGCUAUACUUAGUAUUUCCGAACUUCCUAGAGGAUGCUCAGAAGCUUAUGAAUGAAGAGAUUCCCACCUCAUUGUAUCCCUGUUGUAAUUCUAUUGAAGUUCCCAGAUUCCGUCACUUGUCUUAUUAUGUAGUUGCAAUGUGAAGUGGGCUUUAGGAAAACAAUGAAAUCAGUUAUGCCUACACCUGUAUUGAAUGUUGCUUUCUUUGUUGACUUGAUCGAGUAUGCUAUUCCUAGUAUACUAGCAAUCAAUAGAGAGGAUUACGAAAAGUAUCGGAGUAGUUGAGCUCAAAUUUAUUGA